CUGGAGAUAGCAGUAAAAUUAAUUUAGUAAUCGAUUUGACAGUUAUUGGACAGCUGUCCAAUAACUAAAUUUGACCGUCCAAUCACUAAAUUGAUUUUUUAGGAUUGUAGUAAAAUGCCUAAACUUAGAAAAUACGAUAAGAAUAAACUUAUAGAAGCUGUUAAGGAUGUCCAAAAUGGCACUGAAUCGUAUAGAACAGCUGAAAAAAAAUAUGGAAUUCCGAAGUCCACUAUAGAAUUUAAAUUAAAACAUCCGGAACAUAAAGAUACACUUGGACCGUCUCCUAUUUUAACUUGCGAGGAGGAGAAUACUCUGGUUAGAUGGAUACAAGAAACCGCUUCAAAAGGUUUCCCCAAAAAGGCUAACGAUUUAAAAAGCAGCGUGCAAAAAUUUUUAACCGAAAAUCCUCGCCCCAAUAACUUUAAAGAUAAUCGACCUGGAGAUGGAUGGUUAAAAGGAUUUUUGAAGCGACAUCCAGAGGUUUCUAAAAGGACAAGUGAAGGUGUAACGGCAGCUAGCGCUUAUGUGUCUGAACGAGACAUCAAAAACUGGUUUAAAAAUAUUGAAACCUAUGUCAAAGAAAAACAUCUAGAAGAAGUUCUAACUGAUCCAUCAAGAAUUUUUAAUGGAGAUGAGUCAGGAUUUCAAAUAUGUCCAUCUACUGGAAAAGUAUUUGCUAUGAAAGGUUCAAAAAAUGUUUAUAAUGUUGAAAAAAGCUGUUCAAAAGAAAACGUCACUGUGAUGUUUACGUUUUCAGCAGACGGUAAAAUUUGCGUGCCUAUGGUUAUUUAUCCUUAUCACAGAAAAAGUUGCUAAAGGCAUUAAUCCUAA